ACAUGUUGACCUUCGGCAUCGACCAUACGGAUCGGAACUGACCUGCCAACCCCGUCGUCAGAGAAGACUGCAGUGCAGUGCAGUAGAAUCGGGGCCGAGGUUACAGGUGCGCCGUGGGUAAUCAGUCAGUCGUUCAUGGAGAUCAAGAACUGGCAGCUUGGGGUCGGAGUGUCGGAGAAAGUUGGGGAAGAAGCGCAGGGAUGUUGGCGCAGAAGUCAAAUGGCGGCAGUCGCUAAUCAUGUCAUGAAAUUGGCAGUGUGCCCGUGUUUCAUGUCAUGAUCUCUCGUUUCCGUGUCCAGGCUAAGGCUUGUGGGUAUGCUCGAUCGUCGAGCGGUCGACCGAUUGACCCGCACGGCUGGCAGAUGGCAUAGUGAUUUGGUAGUCUAAUGAGGCUCGCUGCAGAGAGAGAUUUUUUCUUGUGUCGAUGGCGAGCGCUUGAAGGGUCGGAGAGGAAAGGGAAAUAAAUUAGUGGUGUACAAGAUGGCGAUCUCGUCGCGGCUUAUCGGCGGUGUACUGCCCCUGCUCCUGUUGCUGGGGUUUCUGACUGUUAGCAGUGAAGUUAAGGCUUUGGAGGAAGCGAGGCUUGGUUCGAUCCGGGUUGUUUUCCAGCUGAAAUAUGGUGAUAUUGAGUUUGGUUUCUAUCCUGAAGUAGCUCCAAUCACUGUCAAGCAUAUAUUGAAGCUUGUUAAACUUGGUGCCUACAACUCGAACCACUUCUUUCGCGUGGACAGAGGCUUUGUCGCACAAGUGGCUGAUGUUGUUGGAGGUCGAGAAGCUCCACUAAACGCAGAGCAGCGAGAAGAAGGAGAGAAAACUAUUCCCGGGGAAUUUUCAAAAGUCAAACAUGUUCGUGGCACUCUCUCUAUGGGGAGAUACAGCGAUCCAGAUAGUGCUGCUUCUUCGUUCUCAAUGCUGUUGGGAAACGCACCUCAUCUUGAUGGACAGUAUGCUGUUUUCGGAAAGGUUACAAAGGGUUAUGAAACUCUUUCAAAACUCGAGGAAUUGCCUACAAGAACGGAGGGCAUUUUUGUUAUGCCUGUCGAGCGAAUCAGCAUAAUGUCAUCAUAUUAUUAUGAUUUAGCUGAGAAGAUCGGAGGCAGCACCUGUGAAGAUGAGGUUACUGUGUUGAGAAGGCGUCUCAUUCAAACGUCGGAUCUGAUUGAGGAACAGAGAAAGAAGUGUCUGCCGGGGUGAUAUGAUUUGUCAUACGAAGAGAUUUUCAACAUGUAAGGGGUUGAUGAUCUGUAGAAGAUGGCAAGAAUCUGAUGUCGGAUGCAGUCUUAAAGAUUCAAUAUAAGGACUGUAGAUGAGAGUCUGCUAAAAGACCAUCAGAAUUGAUCGAGAUGUGCUUCUUGUUUGCAUCUCAUCUGUUAUUGCAAGCCUUCUGAAAACUUGGGACUGGCUUACACGUGAAAGAUGUCACGAAGGGUAGGCGGAAGACCCUACAUGCCAUUUGCAGUGUGUUACCCAGUUGACAAAAGGCUCAUGUCAUUAAGAAUAACCAUAAUUGAUUUCACACCGGAGAAGUUUGGUCUCAAUUUCGAAGUGAAAGACCAAAUGGCCGUUUAUCAGAUAAGCUAGUGAACCCUGUGAGGAGAUCUUAUCUUGGGAAGGUGGAAUGUAAAGCUAGUAGUCUCCUGCAAGAAGUUCGUUGGCAAAGAGAAGAAUGAUUUUCAGAAGGUUAUAUGUACAUAUCCGAGUCCGCCACUUAUGGUUUUAGUGGGCUAAAACUAAAGAUUGUUUUGCCACAUGUUAUCGAGAGUCAUGAUGUUUCCGAAGAAAGGCAAUUUCCUAUGCCUCGGGCAUAGGAAAGGUGUCCAACUCCCUUUACGCAUCCUUUGUUGAACUCUACACGUCAACGAAAGAAUAAAACAACGAAAGGG